AUGUCAAGUGAUUCGGAAAUAAGCAGCGUUGAACAAAGCGACUCAGAAGAAACAUAUCCAGAAGAGGAAAUAGAAAAUGAUGAUGUAGAUGUAGAGGUUGUUCUUAGUCUCGUUCAACCUUAUGAAGACGAACCUCUUGCAGACGCUUCCGCCGAACCACAUAUGGAAGAAGAGAACGAAGAUGCCGAUGCGGAUGGCCUUACACCAACUGUUUUAGAGGCCAGAUAUGAAAGAACGGUUCCAGUUACGUCCUGGUUUGUAUAGCCAUUUCAAAAUAAUUUGUAUUGCAUUUUCCUUUCCUGUCAAUUUAUAUUUGGGAGAAGCUUGUCUUUUAUGUUUACGUUAUUUCCCCUGCCUUCUCAGGUGCCAAUGUGAGCUAUGCAACGACAUGAAUUUAGUUGGGGCGCUGGAGUUUCGUUGUUGUAGAGAGGUGGUCCAUUCAUCGGGGAAGCUUGUCUUCGAUGGAUCCAUCGAACGCAUCAGCUGUAUAACACAGCAUGAAGACUACGCAGCUCUAAGCAACAGGACGGUUCUGCUUCAAGCGGCUCCAUUGUUGAGAAACAAAGAUGGCCGAAGCUACCGCCGACGAUCUGGAGUUCCAGAGAACGAGUGAGAAAUAAUUUUAAUUCCAGAUAUAUUAUUAUUCUCUCCCGUGCAAGCUUUAUUAUUUUUGCAGACUAGUAAUUUUUGCUGAAAUGUUUGCGCUGUUUGGGUAAUAGUUAGAAGGACAACAAGGGCAAGAGUUCUAUUGUUUAGACUUUGCCACGGUUUUGAAAGCCAUCUUGACGGGUAAGAAAUUACAGCGUUUGUAUGAGAAUCCAAUGUCCAAUAAUUUUCGUUAAAUGGCCGUUUUCAAAAGUGUAUGAAUUGCGAAUCUAAGUUACAAGGUAAUGGACUUUUGCAACAAAAUUUAAUGGCCUGAUCUGGGCUAGAGCCGCUUUCGCCGACCAAAAUUUCCCGGGAAAAAUUAAAAACAACUCGGGAAAAUUCAGGCGCGCAGGCACGGCUCCGAAAAUUUGUCAGUAGAAUACUGUACUGCGUAGCUUGAGUGUUUUAUUGUUAUUUUCUUUUUUUGAAAACGGUUGUUUUACAAAAAUUAUUCGACACUGAAUGCUCAUGCACACGCUGUGACUUCUCUCGCGUUUGCCAACUCGUCACGAUGCUUUCCAAAACACGGUCCGUGACAAGAUCUAUAGAUACGACAGAUCACUUCCUUGCUUAGCCGUGUUCGUUUUUUUUUCCAGAUUCAUUCGUGCAGUGGCUUAUAGAUGGAUGAUACGCUGGCUUUGUGGGUAUAUGGGCUGGGAAAACACAAGGCCCCUUCCAGCCUGUAUUUAUCAUGACAUCAGGUCUCGUUACCAGACUUUGCAAUCAAGAGGAUACAGAAACGCACUGCCAGAAUAG